AUGACAAACCGAAGAAACCCCAUUAAACGUUUACGACGAGCAGGACCAAGUGUUCAACACCCUCUACCAGAUGUUAUAUCUAAUGCGACACCAGCCCUUGAAGCUUCUACAAAUUUGAUGCAAGCAACUCCUAGUUCGACACAGAAUGUUGGAUACAAUAGUUUACCAAAUGCCACUGAGCAAAUGUUGAGCGCUAAUCUCCCGGCCCAAUCUUCAUCAAUUCCGCCAUAUGGCCACGUCUUAGCCCCCGUCUCCUCUCGACGAGUAGUGCUAGAUAAAUGCACAUCUUUCAGAACCCUUCCAAGAGAGGCCCAGCUCAUGAUUUGGGAAAAAGCCGUCGAUCUAAGUCCGCGGAAUGUUCCAGUUGGAAUUAUGCCACAAUUAGGCCCAGGAGGAUUCAAGUUUCGAACCGAUAUUCCAAUUCCAGAGGGCUUCAUGGCGUGUAAAGAUUAUUACGAGGCGGCCAGAAAACGCUACUGUCUAUUGGAUAACCGCCUGAAGGCUAACGACAUGUUCACGGUGCAACAUCUUUCACCUAACUUCUGGUUCGAUCCCGCGAUCGAUAGAUUUUGUCCCGUUCAGGAGUGGAACACUCACAACUUUAAAGUUGGUCUCAAACUUUUCUUCCAAAUCCUUCAAGUUUCGAGGAUUGCAAUUAAUGAUUACGCGACCGAUGAUGCACACCAUAAUGGCGAGACAUGGCAGAAAUUUUUCCAUAAGGAAGGAAUCUCAAAUUGGAGCCCAUAUGUCAAGGAUAUAUUUUACUACAUCACAUAUCAACGUUUGAAUACAGAUGUAGAACUCUCCUUCGUACCUAACGAUGGAACUUCAGACGAGCAAUGGGGAUUCCAUUUCCACAGAUCCCAUCAAUUACACAAGCAUUGGGACCAGAUACUCGAUGCUAAAAGAGGAUACAGAAGGCUGGCCCGACUUCAGGCAGACCAGAAGUGGCAAGAUAAAUCGAUAGAAAGAGAGGGUAAAGCAAGAGUCAAGCUCACUGAUGUUCCUCAAUGGCUUUUUGAUGUUGAGAGCGAUUGGUCAGUUGCACAACCCAGAUUGAUGAUCGAGACACGUGCCUCUGAAACUCGCUUUCUCUCAGUUCUCAGCAUGCCUAUGCCACAAUGGUAA